ACAGGGGAUUUGGCUUCUGUGCAAUUAACAGGAACCCCAAAUAGAUGGGAGGUCUUGUCUGCAGCUCCUGCCACUAUAAAGGAUGAAGCUGGUAAUAUAGUACAGAUUCCAGGUGCUGCCACAGUAACUUCAAGUGGGCAGUAUGUCCUUCCUAUUCAGAGUUUGCAAAAUCAACAAAUCUUUUCUGUUGCACCAGGAUCAGAUUCGUCGAAUGGUACAGUGUCUAACGUACAAUACCAAGUAAUACCCCAGAUCCAGACAGCGGAUGGUCAGCAGGUUCAACUUGGCUUUGCAGCCUCUUCUGAUAAUAGCAGUAUAAAUCAAGAAACUGGUCAAAUUCAGAUCAUUCCUGGCUCUAAUCAAACCAUCAUUGCCUCUGGAACACCUUCAGCUAAUAUUCAGAAUAUCUUAUCACAGUCUGGUCAAGUCCAGGUUCAGGGAGUUGCGAUUGGUGGUUCGUCUUUCCCUGGCCAAGCACAGGUUGUUGCUAAUGUCCCUCUUGGACUGCCAGGAAAUAUUACUUUUGUACCCAUCAACAGUGUUGAUCUAGAUUCUCUGGGACUCGGCAGUGGUUCUCAAACCAUGACAGCAGGCAUUAAUGCAGAUGGGCACUUGAUAAAUACUGGACAGGCCAUGGAUAGUUCAGAUACUUCUGAAAGGACUGGUGAGCAAGUUUCUCCUGAAAUUACAGAAACCGCCACUGAUAAUGACUUAUUUGUGCCAACAUCAUCUUCAUCACAAUUGCCCGUUACCAUAGACAGUUCAAGUAUAUUGGAACAAAAUGCAAACAACUUGACCACAACUAGUGGUCAAGUUCAUAGUUCUGAUCUUCAGGGAAAUUACAUCCAGACGUCAGUCUCUGAUGACACACAGGCUCAGAAUAUUCAGGUCUCCACAGCACAGCCAAUUGUACAACACAUACAGCUUCAAGAGUCUCAGCAGCCAACCAGUCAAGCCCAGAUUGUACAAGGUAUUGCGCAACAGACAAUCCAUGGUGUGCAAGCAAGUCAAAGUAUAUCUCAACAGGCUCUUCAAAAUCUUCAACUGCAGCUGAAUCCUGGAACUUUUUUAAUUCAGGCACAAACAGUGACCCCUUCUGGGCAGAUAACCUGGCAGACAUUUCAAGUGCAAGGAGUUCAGAACUUGCAGAACUUGCAAAUUCAGAAUGCACCUGGUCAACAAAUAACUCUAACCCCUGUGCAGACUCUCACUCUUGGUCAAGUUGCAGCAGGUGGGGCAUUGACGUCAACUCCAGUUAGUCUAAGCACUGCUCAAUUGCCAAAUCUACAGACAGUUACAGUAAACUCUAUAGAUUCUGCUGGUAUUCAGCUGCAUCAAGGAGAAAAUGCUGGCAGUCCUGCAGAUAUUAGGAUUAAAGAAGAGGAGCCUGAUCCGGAAGAGUGGCAGCUCAGUGGUGAUUCUACACUGAAUACCAAUGAUCUAACACAUUUGAGAGUACAGGUGGUAGAUGAGGAAGGGGACCAACCACAAAAAAAGAGACUGCGACGAGUAGCUUGCACGUGUCCCAACUGCAAAGAAGGUGGUGGAAG